AUGCUCAGGAUACUCGCAAUUACAUUGGCUUUAAUAGCGAUUGUAUCCGGUGAAUUGUCCAAGACUAAGGAAGAUAAGACACUCAAGGAUUUGGAGGACAAGAUUGUGAAUGAUAUCAUCACACAUAAAGUUAUGGUAUACAGUAAAACUUACUGCCCAUGGAGCAAACGACUGAAGGUCAUUCUCGCCAACUACGAGAUUGAUGACAUUAAGAUUGUAGAACUUGACAGAUCUAAUCAGACUGAGGAAAUGCAGGAAAUCCUGAAAAAAUAUUCCGGAAGAACUACAGUACCUCAACUAUUUAUCAGUGGAAAGUUUGUCGGAGGACAUGACGAGACGAAGGCUAUCGAAGAACGAGGAGAGCUUCGACCAUUGCUCGAGAAAGCCCAUGCUUUAUUCACUAACCGAGUACCUGUACCUGACAACGAGAUAAUAGAGACGAAUUCUGAAGCGUUGGCGGUGAAAACAAAAGCAUCCGCCCCAUCAUCUAUUGCAUUCUUCAACCUCGUCACUGCUCUCCCACUCGUUUUCUUUUCCAUUUUAUUAAUAUAA